AGCCUGGACACCAAACAAGAACGCCGAUCUCCUCAUCACUUAAGCAGAGAGACCCAAAUUGAACCCAAAUCAUGAAAAUGAGCUUCUUUGGCAAACUAAAGAACAUCGGCCCUCCUCCGGCACCACCUCGAAGGACAGGCCAAAGUGAUGCAUUUGGGAGGAGACAACAUACGUUUCAGGAAGAGGAAGAGGAGGGAGACAUGUAUGAAGCCCCGCCUUGUGGGCGCCCAGCUGUCAACCUCGCACAGAAACAAGUCGAAGAAAAUGUUUAUAUGGAAAGAACAACCAGCUCUUCUAUUCCUCAAAGAAUGGCUGCACCACCACCGAGGCUUGGCACCAGACCUCAGAAGCCUCUGCAACAUCCUAAAGAGUCUGGCGUUGACUCCAACACCAAGAAGCCACCUGAGGUUGACAGAAACGAGAAGCCUGGCAGGAAAAAGAUGACACCUCCUCCAGCACCUGCAGCUCUCUUUCUUACAUCUGACAUGGAGGAAGAUGUUUAUCUCAAUCCAAAUGAAGAACAGGGGGAUAAUGAUGACCUCUAUUUAGAACCAGCAGCUGCUUGCCCGCCGGGUCCCCGAGGCCCGAUUAGAAUGUCUUCAUCUACCAAGACGUCACUCACGCCUUCACCCAUAAUGAAGCCUCCAGUUCCCAGAGCAAAGUCUAAUUCCUUCCUGCCUUCCUUGAUUGAGGUAAAGACAGCUCCUACUUUUGAAGCAAGAGCUUCCACUUUUCCCUCCAAACCACCCCCAACAAUGCCAGGUUUUAAGCUCCCUCUACCAGCCAUGCUAAGCCCUCUAAAUCCUUUCUUAACGGAUAUGAAGCAUGCAACCUUUGGUGGAGCAAGAGUAACUGAAGAGACAGAGAAUGAGGAUCCAGUGUGGUUUGCAGGAGAUUGUAACAGGAAGACAGCAGAGGAUCUCUUGUUGAGAGUCAAUACGGACGGCACUUUCCUCAUCAGACACAGCUCGGCCCAGACAGCCCGCCAACCUUUCACCCUGGCUGUGCUCUACCAGCAGAAGGUCUACAAUGUUCCCAUCCGCUUCCUGGAGGAGAUGCAAGGCUUUGCUCUGGGAAAAGAGGGCAAGAAAAGCGAAGAGGUUUUCAGCAGCCUGGAUGAGAUGGUGAUGCACCACAAGAUGUACCAGCUCUAUCUGAUAGACAGCAAGAGCCACGCCAAGCACGCUGUUUUUUUAACUCACCCUGCGCGCCCUUAGAGCGUACAGUUUCAUUCUUGCUCUUUGUCAUUCCUUUAAGUGCAGCUUCUGCACUUAAAGCUUCUGUAGAAUCUACAUGCAAUCAGAUGACUUGUCACAUGGAAGCUGCUAACCAGGAGACAUCAGUCUGAACUCACAGGCCCUAUUAUGAGGUACACCAACACAAGAUAAUCACAUUAAGAACCAGAAAUGUUUGCAAAAAAAUCUGUUUUUUUAAAGAUAGCUUGCCUCUUGCAUUGAAUAUCUUUGGAUUGUUCCUGCAGGUGUUCAUAAAGAAGUGUAUGUAAUUGCACUAUUUGUGUAACAGUGCUAUGA